GGGUGAAGCUGACUAUUGGGCAUGCGUCUGUCUCUGCCCUUACCACACAUACAUUUGUAUUUAUUAUCGACGAUUCUGAGACCUCGCAAAAAUAGAUUUAGCCUCCAUCCAAUAGACUGUCUAUAUCUCAGUUUUGCAGUCUCUACACCUCAAACUUCUAAGACCUCGCAAAAUAGAUUGGUCAGCUAGUGGGCGCACUACAUACACACGCACACACGCACACACACACACACAGAGGAAUUUACUUUCAUCCAAACAGACCAGCGCUGAAUCACUGCAAUGAUGCUGUGGCUCGUCCUACCGGCCUGAGACCACAAUAGGCUACAAGACACAAACCGACCGGCUAAUGUGCUGAUCAUAUAUAUGUUUUCAGGGUCCUGCAUGCGUUGCUUUCAUUAGGGUCCUAACAACAGAGGAAGAAUUUAUAUUUUGUUUAAUCCAGAAACUGAGAUUUUUGACGUGGGAAUCUGCCAGAUAGGCUACGCAGGCAUGACUGACACCACGGAAGUCCGCGCAGUCCCAGCCAAAACCAUGAUGUCGCCUCCUGCAGCUGAUCGACGUAUCCAUAACAACAGCCAAGCCUCACCGGUGCGUCAGCCAAGCAGCCAGGGCAGCCCCACAGCAACCAAGCUGACUGAAACACUCACCCCGCCCCCUGAGAGACGUGCACUAGUCAAUGGCCACGCUUCGCCUGUGAGGCUUCUGACUAAUGGCAAUGGCCAUUCUGCUAGGCUGGGUAACAGAAGUGUGACGGAGGGCUACCUGAAGACAGACGACCGCAUGAGAAUGGCCAGAGAGAGACGAGAGGAACGAGAAAAAGGCCUGGCUGCAAGAGAGGAGGCCCUGAGAGAGAAGGAGAGGAGGGCGCGCCUCCUCUAUGAGAAGCAGCUAGAGGAGAGGUGCAGGAAGCUGGAGGAGCAGCGCAGGAAAGAAGAGGAGAGGAGAGCCGCCGUGGAGGAGAAGAGGAGGCAGCAGCUGGAGGAGGAUCAGGAGCGACUGGAGGCUUUACUGAGGCGAUCACUGGAGAGGAGCCUACAGCUGGAACAUCAGCAGAGACACCGGCAACGCUGGGGUGACCCUGAGAAUGCCCCACCCCCUUUGCUUGCUGGCUCCUCCCUCCCAGCUGCAUCUGGUGACACAGGCAACGCUCCUGCCAGCCCUCACCGCUCUCCCUAUCGGGGGUCUCCCAGGCGCCGCCCCCCACCCCCUCAACCAACAACAGGUGAUGAGAGCCCAGCGCUUACUGCUCCCAACACCCCCAAGCGGGAGCGACUGAGGAUGGAUCGGAGGGGAGGCUCCCCCAUCAGACGCCCCGAGUCUCCUGCUCUGGCCCGACGCUCCGCCUCUCCAGCAACGCCCAAGUUGACUCCUAAACAUCACAACUAUCCAUCAUCUCCAAUGAGGCAGCGUCCCAUAACACCUGUAACUGAGCCAUCAUCUCCGAUGAGGCAGCGUCCCACAGCACCUCUCACCGAGCCAUCGUCUCCGAUGAGGCAGCGUCCCAUAGCACCUGUAACUGAGCCAUCAUCUCCAAUGAGGCAGCGUCCCAUAGCACCUGUAACCGAGCCGUCAUCUCCGAUGAGGCAGCGUCCUCUAGCACCUGUAACUGAGCCGUCAUCUCCGAUGAGGCAGCGUCCUCUAGCACCUGUUACCAAUGGCGGGCAGAGAAGUGAUUCCUCGGCAGCCAAAAGCAGCGUAGAGAAGGCGGGAAUGAAUCCAACCUCAGCCAGUCAGACAUCAAACGGUCAUUCAGAUGUAACUGCUGUGGGGAAAGAGAUGUCUGGAAGGACCAAUGAGGAAGCCAGCCGUCUGCUGGCCGAACGGCGGCGCCUGGAGAGAAUAAAGGCUGACGAGGAGAGAAAGAGCAGAGAGGAGGAGGAGAGGAAGAGUAGAGAGGAGGAGGAGAAACAACAGAGAGAAAAAGAGGCUCAGGCACAGAUGGAGAGAAAGGAGGAAUUACAGAAAGAGGAAGAAAGACACAAAUUGGAAGAGCAGGAAAGACAGCAGAGGAAGAAGGAAAGACAGCUGAGAAAGAAGAGAAUUGAGGAGAUUAUGAAACGUACCCGCAAAGGCGACAGUGACAUCAAGGUGAACGAUGCUGGGUCAGAGACGAAGGAGGCAAAUUCGACUCCACCAAUAACUAAUGGCAUCCAAACAAAGCAGGAAAUGACCUCAGAGGUCAACAGAAGCCCGGCCAGAGCCUCCCCCACCCCACUCAACGGCCCCACAGGCACAACUCAGGUCAGUGAAUGCAAUCCAAAGACCAACAACUCCUCCCCAAUGAUCAGUGGGAGCAUUAAAUCAGCAGUCCCUCCUCCGAAGAACAAGGACAGCCCCAUCAAGGACAGCCCAGUCACAACACAGACCACUCCCACAAAUAACAAGGACAGACCCAUUACAUCACAGGCCCCUCCCACAAAUAUCAAAGACAGCCCGAUCACAUCAUCAGCCCCUUCCCCAAAGGACAGGCCUGUCACAACACAGGCCCCUCCCACGAAUAAUAAGGACAACCCUGUCACAACACAGGCCCCUUCCACAAAUAACAAGACCAGUCCCAUCCCAUCACAGACCCCUCCCACAAAUGGCAAGGACAGCCCCAUCACAUCACAGACCCCUCCCACAAAUGGCAAGGACAGCCCCAUCACAUCACAGACCCCUCCCACAAAUAGUAAGGACAGCCCCAUCACAUCACAGGCCCCUCCCACAAAUAGUAAGGACAGCCCCAUCACAUCACAGGCCCCUCCUCCAAAAAGGGACAUCUCUGUCACGUUGCAGACCCCGCCCCUAACGAAUGACACCCCCCAAGACGGCAGAAAAUUGCAGCUCACCACCUCAACUAUUCAGGGUGGACAGACUGAGGCUGGCCAGGCUACUGUUUCAGCAACCCCUAAGGUUACAAUUACUUCAACAACAGCGAGUAAAACUACAGUAGUUGCCAUGGCAAACAAGUUGGACAGCAAAGAGAAUGGGCCAAGGCUCUCUGUGUUGCCACGACAACCCAGUGUCCAGCUGGACGGAGUAGAAGGAGUCCCAAAAGAGGAGCCCCAGUCCAUGGAUGUGAGCCCCGUCUCUAAGGAUGACCUCGUCUCCAUCCCAGAGUUCUCUCCUCUGCAGGAAGAGGCAGGAUUAACCCACACCAACACUUCCUGUCCAAGCUCCUCCCCAACCAGAGCCCUUCUUGAUCUUCUGGACCUCACCGGACAUGUGGCAUAUCCAUGCCCUGUUACCACAGUAACCAUUGCUAUGUCUAGCUCUUCUACUACGUCCACGGUAAACAAUCAGGCUGGUGACUGUAACCGCAACCUUGUGACGUCCUCAGUGACAUUGUCGUGUUCUACCAGUGAUCAGAAGCAUCAAAAUCAAUCUCGGCCAAUCCCGUCACCAAUAAAGCCCAUAACAACACCUCUGCCAGCUGUUGCCAUAAGGGAUGGAGGAACUACAGCAUUACAAGGCAGAGGCAAAGUGGAUGCUUGAAGAACUAUGCAGUGACUUGAUGACCACUCCAGUGUGUGCGUGUUUGGUAGAGCUGAGGGAGUGUGUUUGUGUGUGUGUGAGAGAGAGAGAAUGAGAGAGAGAGAGAAUAUUUGUGUGUAAGAUAAGGAACUGUAUCUGAGUGUUGAGGGACCUCUAGGUGCAGUUGGGACAAAAAUGCAGGAUAUUUUUGUUUUCCUUUUCCCUCUGAGUCUAGUUUCUCUGAAUGUAGUCCCUUUGACUUUCCCUCUGAAGAAAUUGCUCGUUAUUUGCCUUCAACUUACCCUGCAAUGUGUUUGUUUUUAGGACUUUAUGACACAAUUUAUUAUCCAACAAAAUCAUGAAUGACCAUCCACAAGCGAAUGUAAAAGAAAGAAAGCCUGAUUGCUUAAGUUACUUUUAUACAGAUCAGAUCAUGUCUACUGUCCUAUAAUGUCUACUCAAAAAAUGAUCUGCAGUCGAGUUUAACAGUGAUGCCUUCUGUAGAUGCCUUCUGCCUUCUGUAGAUAUUUCAGUUAUUGAAAGACUAAUUGAAAUUGAUCGUUAGUCAUUCUAACAGUGGCGUCUAUGGCAAAACAAUACUCAAAAUGUGAAAGAAUAUUACAGUAUUGAAUAAAGAUGAAGAUGAAUAGACUCCUACAAUCUCCAUUUAGAAUGCUCUAUUAAAGUUUGUCAUAUCCUGAGCCAACAGUCAUGAUCUAAAGCCCAUAGUCAUGGCCUGAACCAGCAGUCAUAGCCUAAGCCCAUAGUUGUAGCCUUAGGCCCAGGCUACACUGGGUCUGCAACUAAAGUGCUCCGUUCACAUAGCUUAAAAAUAGUUUUGGAAGACUGGUCUAAAUUUUUUUUACGAACGUACAUGUUGCUGUCACAUCUGAUGUAGGCAGUUCCAGCGAUUAGAGUGGAAGCUAAUUGUUAUAGCCGUCACUAAACGGACCCACUGUAGCCUCCCUUUAAGUCAACAGUGAUAGCCUGAGCCUGAGUCAUAUUUAGUCCACACUCACAGCCCUGCUCCUGUUUAGUCUCCAGCUAAAUCCUGGACUUGUGCUGUAUGCAGUAUUGUGCUUGGCUUUCUGUGAUUGGACCAAGGUCUUCUACAGACCUUUGCUGUAUACAAGUUUAAAGAGGAGAUGGUCCUUUGACACAUCCUUGAUAGGGAAAUCUCCUGUGACUAACAGCUGUCCAGUUUUGUUACUUAAAGAUGUGAUUUAGUUAAAGAAAUCAAGAGUUCCAUAGCAGUAAAUGUGUUCAGCAACCAUCACUACCUUACUUUAAUCCUAAAAUCCUAGAUUACCACUGCAACCAUAGAAUAUUUGAUAAUUUCCAAAAGAUCUGAUAUAUGUUAAACAUUUCCAAAAGCUUUGCUAUAUUUAAAACAGACAGCAGAAUGGCAGCUUCUGAUGAUAGAUUUCCCUAGGGUUAGGUUUGGUCAAGUGAAAUGGCAGCUUCUGAUGAGAGAUUUCCCUAGGGUUAGGUUUGGUGAAGUGAAAUGGCAGCUUCGGGCGUAGAGUGCUGAGAAAUUGCUGUAGCGCACUCGAGGAGGUUACCCUGGCUAAUAGUCCGAAUAGGCACAAGAAGGACUAGUUUUGGAGAAACAUUUUUGUCCUAUUUUGUAAGGAGUUUUGAAUGUAAAUUAUGUUUGAGGGAAUGUGUGUGUGUGUGUGUGUGUGUGUGUGUGCAUGGCAUCUGUUUAAAACCUUGUAGACUUGUAGACAUUUGUGUUUUGCCAAAUAUACCAAGUGCCCAUGCACCCUGUAACAAUUUAACGAAUCCUUUGCUUGUCACCAGUGGAGAUCAGCAAUGUCACCUUUCCUCUAAUUAAUAUGCAUCUGUGCUUGUUAAGAUCUAAAUAGAGUAAAUAUUAUGAAUAAGAUAAAGUAGGUUGUCUGGUAGUCAUUUAGAAUAUUUAGGCGAAAUAUGUUUGCCUCAAAUGAAUAUGCUGUCGGGGCAACUCUAAAUGUAGAGAUGAGAUUAGCCCCAACUGCCCCCUCCGUGAGAGGGAACUCCUGCACCUACCCCUGUACCUGGCCCAACUGCCCCCUCAGUGAUGGGGUACACCUCUACCUGCCCCUGUUCUUAUGGAAGAUGUGAUGCUUGGGCCGUUCAGAUAGGCAUGCUGUACACAGACCAAACCCACAUGUGACUGCUCAUGCUGGACUGAUGGUAACAUGGUGACGCUUGCUGAUAUGGAUAUAAUUCAGCCCCUAGUCAAUAUAUCAGGUAUGCUUUGGCCAUAUGUUCAGCGCAUUAGGCAUGUUCAGUUGUCAUAGACCGUAUCCAGCUAAACCUUCACUCUUAGAUAGCUGUAUCCAGCUAAACAUGUACUCUAAGCUAGCAGUGUCCAACUAGACCUUUACUCUAAGCUAGCUCUCUCCAGCUAAACCUUCCCUCUAAGCUAGCUGUAUCCAGCAAAACCUUCUCUCUAAGCUAGCUGUAUCAAGCUAAACCUUCACUCUAGCUGUGUCCAGCUAAACCUUCAUUCCAUUCUAGCUGAAUCCAGCUAAACCUUAAAGACCCCAGGGACUUCGAUUGUAUUUCCGUGGUGUCGAUGUAAGGUGACACCACGGGUUAAUGACGAAACACACUGUACACACACACACCUGCGGGUGAUCAAUCAGUGUUGCUUUCUCUAAUUGUAAUUAAGAUGAAAAUAUGUGAUAGGCCAAAAUGUGCAACUUGUAGCAGUAAGAUUGAAACUGCAUUUCAACCAUGCUUGAAGCCUCUAUCAUCACAGCUUGGGGCUUCAUGUUAGCUGAUGUUGAAUCUAGAACUUUAGUCUAAUUCCCAUUGUGAACUGAUGAAUAUACCCAGUAGCCUAGUCAAGAGACAUUUUGUUAACUGCAUACCAAUAGUUCUCAGCAGCUCUGAGUGACAGUAAAUCGUGUUUUGUUAUCACUAUAUUACUUUAUUCAGUGGUCAUUCAAUAACGUGCCAUUUGAAAUUGGAGUUGGACAGUAUUUGGGUUGCUGUUCAGAAUGAGAUUCCCUGUAUGAAAUACUGUAGAUGUAAAAGAAUCAGAAACAUCACGCAAUGCUUACAAUGCACAAAUACUGAAGUAAUAUCAGUAAAAAUACAGUAAAAACCUCUUAAUCCAGACGAUGGGUUAUAAAUUAGAGAUUUAGGCAGUGUAUUCAAAUGAUAAAUACAGUUAUUUAGAUAGUCUAUUUAAACAGCUUUUUAAAAAAUUCCCAAGCUUUUCCCUUAGGUCAUAGCAAGCAUGCUUUACAUUCUGAAAUGUUACAAAACCCAAUUUUUAAAAGUGAGAAAAGCAUCUCUGCUAGGGAAACAGACCUUUGUAAGGGCACAAUCUGUGAUCGGUUAAAACCCAGUGGUCAUGUGAUGGGCAUUGAGGGACUUGUACGGUGUGUGUUGAUUGUGAUUGUAGGGUGUGUAUUUAUGUCAAGGCUUGUCCAGGGAUGUAACUGUGCCAUAUAGUGAACGUCAACGUUAGGGUGAUUUUGGUUUGUGUUUUUGGAAAAACAUCAAGGGAUGUUUCUGAUUGGUCUGAAGCAUGUAACCCCGUCCUUCCAAGGGAGCCAGCCUGUUGCUUCAUCAGCAUGACGUGCCCACGCCUGUUCAGACCAACCCCAUAGCACUGGGGUGAUUUGCUGAAUAAAGCUAAUUACUGCAUUGAAAUUAUGUAAGUAAUAAUUCUGAAUAAACAAAAUUCCCAGCUCUGA